CAGAGGUGUUGAGACAACUUGAUAUUUUGAGACAAUUUUAGGUGACAAGUUUCAUCAAGAUGAUGAAUAUUAAACUUGGAAUAUAUUUUGGUUUAUUAUUUAUUGUUGCAGCCUGUCUCGCUGAAGAAUGUGUAAAGCCUACACUAUUCGCUGACAGUAUGAACUAUUGUGUAAAUACACUGCACCAUGGUCGAACUGCAUUUGAAAAAUUGAAAAAAAAUCCAAAAAUAAAAACGUGUGGAGUUAUCCAGCUGAAAUUAUGUCUAAUGAAACAAUAUAAUUAUAUGACAAAUGGCAAAAUCAAUGGCUCCAAUCAAGAAGCAUUCAUCAAUGCUCAUGUCAAGGAUAAGGAUGUUGCUGAACGUAUCAAUAAAGCUAACGAAGCAUGCAGAAUUUACGCAAACACCAAGAAGCUCGAGAGAAAAGUAGCUAAUCGUUUCUACGAUUGCAUCCAUGAAAAGCCCGAAAUAUUGGAUUUAAUUUACGAAAAAUUAUGUAUUAAAUUUCCAAAUUUAAAUGGCACCACAGUAAUUCCUACUGUUGAUAAUUCUGUCACUGAAAAUUCUUUGAAUAAUGAAUUGGAAACUGAUGAUGAUAAUGAUGAUUAACAUGAAUUUUUAAUCUAAAAAAUUCUUAGAAUUAUAUUUUGGCUAUGGAAAAAUAAAUAAA